AAAGAAAGAGCGCGGAAGGCCUUGCCUUUGUUGAAGAGACAGAACAAAAACCCCAAAGAGAAGUGUCGCCGGAGAUUCAAAGAAGCUGUGGAUGAGAUUCCGGCGCAAUGCAGUGCAAUGCAAAGGGGGACGUAAAGGGCGUAUGGUCUUCUCUCCUUCAAAGCAAACUGAAAACACAAUUCAUUGAGUCAGUCUCCUCCAGAUGAAGCUCGACCAUUUUAGUCAUCCUCAUCCUUUGGUGCUGGUGGAAGAGGAGAUUGGUCGGAUUACUGGAAUUUAUUACUGCUCGGCAUGUCGGGAACGGGUAGAGGGUUCUUACUACAACUGCUCAGAGUGUGGCUUUUGUCUUCAUAAGUCUUGUGCUGAGCUACCGAGGGAGAUCAAUCAUCCCUUUCACCUCAACCAUCCCCUCAUUCUUUAUGAGAAGCGGCCAGAAAGCCACCCUUUUUACCGAUGCAAUUCCUGUAGAAAAAGAUACAAAUCAGGUGAGGAAUUAUUUGUUUACCGAUGUUCUUCUUGUGACUUUGACCUUGACCUUAGAUUUGCUUUGCUUCCAAACUUGAUUGCUGGAGAUUUCCCAAAGGAAAAACAUUUUAGCCAUGAACAUUCACUCUUCUUCCUUAAAAACCACUACAUUGAACCCCAAGAUCGAUCUUGCUCUGCAUGUGAAGAGCCCAUAUCAGGUCCUGUUUAUUGUUGUUUUGAUUGUAGCUUUUUCCUUCAUGAGAAAUGCUUUGAGUUACCCAUUGAGAUCAAACACCCUAGUCACCGCAAACACUCUCUUACUCUUCUACCCAACCCUCCACCUCAUCCAGAGAAAUGUUCUUGCCAUUUAUGCACCAAAGCUUACAAGGGAUUCAUUUAUUAUUGUUCUCUUUGUGAGUUUGGCAUUAUGAUCAAGUAUACGUUCUCUGAUAAAGUGAUCAAAAGUGAGAAUCAUGAGCAUCCAUUUAUCCUCGUAUCAAGACCAUUCUCUUUCUUUUGUGAUGCUUGUGGUACUGAUGGGAAGUACUGCAUCCCUUUUGUAUGCACUGAAUGUGACAUUGCAGUUCAUAAGGAUUGCAUUUCACUCCCACGGAGGAUCAAGAUAACAAGGCAUGAGCAUCCAAUUUCCCAUAUUUAUUUCCUUGCAAACUAUGAGGGAGGAAAUAAGCACAACUUAAUACUUAGUGAUGAGAUUAAGGAUGAUAUAUGUUGUGAUGGUUGCAUACGACCUAUCUCCACUGAAUUUUACUAUUGUAUUGAAUUGGGUUUAGCUACAUCACAGAUGAUGAUGCCAACUCCAUGUGCAUCAGAUGCUUUGAAGUUCCUGACAACUUCACCAAUCAAGGACACCAGCAUCGUCUCUUUUAUGACUGGAAACAUGAUGGGGAAUGCAAUAGCUGUGGAAGUAAAAGACUUGGUUACUUUAAUAGAUGCAAGGAAUGCAACUUUUUCUUGUGUGAAAGGUGUACUGUGCUACCGCUUACAACCUGGUACAAGUAUGAUGAACAUCCUCUUGCACUCACUUAUCAUGAUGAUCAUGUUGUGGAUCAAUGUGUUUGUGAGAUAUGUGAGGAACCAAGAGACCCGAAUCACUGGUUUUAUCACUGUGAAAUUUGUGAGCAUUCUGUGCAUCGCUCUUGUGUUCUGGGGAGAUCCCCAUAUGUCAAGCUUGGAUUGACUUUCACAUGUGAUUUGCAUCUACACCCUCUCACCUUUGUGAAGGAAGAUUUUGACUACUUUAAAUGCAACAGAUGCGACAAGCGUUGUAAAAAUGUGUUCUUCAAAUGUUCAGAAUCAUACUGUAAAUUCGCUUGCCACUUGCAUUGUGCUUAGUCCCCAGCAUGGCAAUGACAAAGGUUUGACAAAGUGUUGUUUCUUCGUAAAUUCUCCAUCACUGAGGGGAUUUUUCUUUUUAUCUGUGUUUUUAAGUUUCUUUUUCUAAUGUGCAAUGUGCUUUUUUCUAUUGUUUGGAAUGGAGUUUGUAAUAUUCAAAUAAUUGAGUGCUUGUUUU